UAGGAUGACAUCGUUGCUCUUUUUCUUCCUCUUUCUUCUUGCUUCCUAGCUACUCUCCAACUAACUUCCACACACUCCUUUUCCAUUUUUCCCCCCCGGUGCAAAAACUACUGUAUAUACUAGCCGCAAAAAUGGGAGGCAAGAAAGCCGCCGGCGAGAACUCCAAGAAGGCUGCGGGUAAUGCUCGUAAAGCCGAAGCAGCCGCCAACAAAAAGGCCGCCGAGGACGCCAAGCGCGCCGCCGAGGAGGACGCUAAGUGGUCCAAGGGCGCGAAGGGUGGUAGCAAGCGCGACGACGCUGAAGCCAAGAAAGCCGAAGCCGCGCGCAAGAAGGCCGAACGCGACGCCCUCCUCGCCGCCGAAGAAGCCUCCCAGCCCAGCAAACCCAAGAACAACAAAGCCGCAGCGAAGAAGAACGCGGGACCCAGCCGAGGCACAUUGGAUUUGUCGCAGCUCGACGAUACACCAGGGAGCAAGAAGGCUUCUGCGCUCAAUGCCUCCGGUAUCGACAAUGCGCUCGAUGCACUGUCACUUACGGGUAAGGAUAGCGGCAAGAUCGAUCGGCAUCCCGAGAGACGGUUUAAGGCGGCGUAUGCGGCAUUUGAGGAGAGACGGUUACCUGAGAUUGAGGCUGAGAAUCCUGGACUGAGACGUAACCAGCGCAUCGAGAUCUGUAAGAAGGAGUUUGAGAAGAGUGAGGAGAACCCGUUCAACCAGGCGCAUGUGGCGUUUGAUGCUAGUCGGGAGGAGAUUGCGGCUGUGAAGGAGGCGGAGAGGAAGAAGGUUGAGGCGAGGUUGGCCAAAUAGUUUUUUUGUUCUCUUUCUCUCUUUCAUUUUGUUUGGCUGGAUGAUAUAGUUGGGGUUUUGGUGAGGAUGAUAUAACCGGUUUGCCCGUGGAGGGAUGGAUAUUCUAUACAAAAAG